UCAUAGGUGGCAGUAUACACCCUUCAGUGGAUUCGCAUGUCUCUAGUCAACACAGUAGAAGAAGAACAAGAACAAGAUGGCGGAACGUGGCUACAGUUUCUCCCUCACCACAUUUAGCCCUUCGGGUAAACUGGUCCAGAUUGAAUAUGCCCUGGCAGCUGUAGCAGCCGGAGCUCCUUCAGUUGGCAUCAAAGCUUCCAAUGGAGUUGUCCUGGCAACAGAGAAGAAACAAAAGUCCAUUCUGUAUGAUGAGCAGAGUGUACAUAAGGUGGAGCCCAUCACUAAACACAUAGGCAUGGUCUACAGCGGCAUGGGGCCUGACUACAGGGUGUUGGUGCGACGAGCCCGGAAGUUGGCACAACAGUACUUCCUGGUUUACCAGGAGCCAAUCCCCACAGGCCAGCUUGUCCAGAGAGUGGCCUCUGUAAUGCAAGAGUACACACAGUCUGGUGGGGUGCGUCCGUUUGGCGUGUCAUUGCUGAUAGCUGGAUGGGAUGAGGACCACCCAUACCUGUUCCAGUCGGACCCCUCUGGUGCAUAUUUUGCAUGGAAAGCCACAGCCAUGGGCAAGAACUACGUAAAUGGAAAAACAUUCCUUGAAAAAAGGUAUAACAAUGAUCUGGAGUUGGAGGAUGCCAUCCACACAGCCAUCUUGACAUUGAAGGAGAGUUUUGAGGGUCAGAUGACAGAGGAGAACAUUGAGGUGGGGAUCUGCAACGAGGCCGGCUUCAAAAGACUCACCCCAGCGGAGGUGAAAGACUACCUGGCAGCCAUUGCGUGAACAAACCCUCCCUGGUGAAGGGGCUCUCUGGACACAUUUCAAGACAUAAAAGCACAGUAGCCAACAGUCUCAUGACACGUUAUUAUAAACCACAGUUAUUUGGAUAGUUUGACAACAUUGUGUUAUGGCCAAACUGUUUCUGUCCUGAAAACGUGAGAGGACGAACGCCAUAAUUUCCCUAUACAAGAUUAUCAAUGUGAGCUGUAAUCAGAAAGCCUUUUUGGGAUUAUGCCCAGAUCGAUUUAGUUUCAGUGACAGCCUUUGUUUGUGUGCAGCUCAUGUGGCUGCCACUCACGACUGCGUUGACUACACAUCAGUGGCUGUGCGAUGGCAAACUCAUGUUAUCACAUAACUAAUUGGACUCCUUGUCAAACACAUACCCUGGUACUGUGAAAUGUGGCAGUUGGCUGCUGUGCAUAUGAGAAGGAAUGUGGGCUCUGAUGAGUGAAAUCUCAAAUCUUUCCAUUGAAUUCUUACAUUUUCUCAAAUUUGUUAUUUCUCAUUACUGUUGCAAUGCAUCGGUUUGCAAAUCAAGCACUGUUGCUUUAUUCAUUUACUCAGAAAUCAAAAGCUUGUCAUCAUUGUGACAAAUGUCCUGUAGUUGAACAAAAAGGAAAAUGAGGCCAACUGUUAUUAAAACUUUGGUCUCUGGGGGUGAUUUACUCACCCUAAACAUUGACCGUGCUCCUUGUAUUCACCAAACUGCACUUCAUUAGUAUCCCUCAAACACCAGGGAUAAGGAUCAGCAAAAGGGGGGGAUCCAAUGGAAAGUUUUUAGAUUUUACAGUUAGGAUCUGGUUGCCUGUACAGCAGUUUUACACAAUGUACUUUUUUUUCAGGCUAGAAACAAUUCUAGAGUUUGUAUUUUCUCUUCUGGUAUCUGUCACUUAUUCAAAUAAAAGAAGAUGAGUUGA